UUUCCUUUCGGACCGGAUAUGUAGAAGUUAUUGAAACAAUUUGCUACCCGUGAUAGUUAUUUAAAAUCAUUUAAAUCAUUCUCCUCAGAAAAUGUGGUGGUUCUUAAUUUUCCUCGCAGCAUUUGCCAAAGGGAUACUGAUUCCUGGGGAGGAAAGUGAAAUCAGCCACUGUGACAAGCCUCUUUAUAGAGUAUGUGAUGUCCCACUAAAUGAGCAUUUUCCCAGAACGCCUGAUGAAGUUGACUUGCUUUGCAGAAAUUUGAUCUCUUACCACAAUUGUGCUUCCGAAUUUAUUGAAAGUUGUGACCUUGAUGAAGAGGAAUUGCCUUCCAAGCCAGUAUUUAAAAAUGGUGUAUUGUUAAACCUUUGUGAUAAAGAUUCUCCAAUUUACGGAAAUUUAGUUAACAACGCAGACUGCAUAGCCAAUACGGUGGACGAUUUGCAAAAGGUGGGUUUCUGUAGAAGACAUCUUGAUGUUUUGGAGUUAGAACAGCCAGAUAUCCACGAUCAAAUUGAUGCUAUCAUAAGCAGAGGCGAAGAAGAACCAUAUACGCAGUUAUCCCGUUGCUUGGAUACUUUUUAUGGAGUCGGAUGCUUUGGAACAGAAUUAAAUCAGAAUAAAUGUGAUGAAAGCGCUUUUCAACUGGUUCUCUGGUUUUUUGAAAAGAGUGAGAUCUCGAAAAGAUAUUGCAGAGAAGAGCACGAACCUAUUAUCAGAGAAUUCGUGGAACUAUUGAAGUUUGAGUUGAAAAAAUGAAUUCAUUGUUCUUGCAGAGAUAAAGAUCGAAAUUCAAACGCUUUGAAUAAAUUAACCGUAAUAAAAAAUUACUUUAUUUA